AUGUCAGAAGAUAUUUUACAUCAAAUUCGUAUCACUUCCAGAAAUCACGAUGUUGAGAUGAAUGAGGAGAUACAUAAUCGUGCUUUACUCUUGAUCGAAGAUAUGUGUUACCUCAUGUGUGGUAGUUUAUUAAUCAGGUUAAGAAUGCCUUCGCCCAAUCGUGAAAUGAAUGACGCAUUUAAUCGAGAAUUGGAACGGGAACGUGAAUAUGAUCACCAGGAAUUAGAUUUAGUACCUAGUUCAAACGAAUGUACCCCUGUUGAAUUCCCAACAAAAGGAAGUUUAUGA